AUGGCCACUCUCACAGGUGCAAAAGUCAUCGCCCAAGCUUUACAUGACUUAGGCGUCACAGUACUUCAUACCCUCGUCGGCAUUCCAGUCGCUGACAUUGCCGAAGAAGCCAUUGAUUUGGGUAUCCGCGUCAUAGGAUACAGGAAUGAACAAGCCUGUAGCUAUGCUGCUUCCGCCUAUGGUUACCUGACUGCUCGCCCUGGAGUCUGUCUGCUCACUGGUGGACCUGGAAUCCUGCAUGGUAUGGCCGGAAUAGGAAAUGCUUCAGCAAAUGCCUUUCCCCUUCUUGUUCUGGGAGGUUCCUCCGAAUCCAUUUCCGUCACCAAAGGUGGCUUCCAAGAACUCGAUGCCGUCGCCUUGCUCACUCCACACACCAAAACUGCCAUUCGACCAUCAUCUCCAGAUCCUACUGCAAUUGUCGAGGCCAUUCGAACAGCAUAUCGCAUCGCCUGGUAUGGACGGCCUGGUCCCACCUUUGUUGACCUCCCUACCGACCUCAUCAUGGAACCCUCACCGACCAAACGAUCAAUUGACCAACCAACCAUCGCUGUCUCUCCUCCACCAAAGCCUGCUGCUGCCGCCGAUGUGAUUACCUCUGCUGCCCGUCUACUCAAGUCCUCAUCUUCGCCUCUCGUGAUCGUGGGCAAAGGCGCUGCAUAUGCUCGAGCCGAGUCCACUAUCCGCUCACUUGUCUCCACCCAUCAUAUCCCUUUUCUCCCAACUCCAAUGGGCAAAGGUAUUGUCCCAGACUCACAUCCACUCAACACCAGUUCUGCUCGGUCCGCAGCUCUCAAACAUGCCGAUGUCAUCCUACUGCUUGGUGCUCGUCUGAACUGGAUCCUCCAUUUCGGCCAAGCCCCAAAAUAUCGGCCAGAUGUCAAAAUCAUCCAAGUUGAUAUCUCCCCUGAGGAGUUGGGUCGGGCAAACUCGAUAGGUGAACCGGCAAUAAGCAUCUUUGGCGACAUUGGGCUUGUCAUCGACCAAUUAAGGGCGGAAUUGGGAACCUGGAAGGCGCUGCCUCAACCAACAUUCAAUGCUGGGGCCACAAAUAUUCGCAAUGAUGCCACUGCAUCCUAUGUUCGCUUGCUUUCCCAAUCGGCUGCAAAGAACGAAGCCAAAUCGAAAAAGGCCGCCAUGAAAGUGACCCCAUCAGGAGGCUCGUUGACAUACGAGAGAACAUACCACAUCAUCAAGUCGGUUCUCGAUCGUCUUUCUCCCCCAGACAAUGGUGACAUCGUGUAUUUGUCAGAAGGUGCAAACACCAUGGACAUUUCUCGGUCUUCAUUUUCUUUAGAACAUGCUCGUCAACGUCUGGAUGCAGGAACCUGGGGCACGAUGGGCGUAGGGCUCGGGUACGCCAUCGCGGCCUGGAGUGCACAUAACAUCCCUCAGCAUAGGAAAAAGAUCAUCUCCCUGGAAGGCGACUCUGCCUUAGGAUUUUCCGGCAUGGAGAUUGAGACCAUGGCUCGCCACCGUAUGGAUAUUGUGGUGGUGGUGAUGAAUAAUUCGGGUAUCUACAAAGGCGAUGCAAGCUCUUCCAAACAAUGGAAGGCAAUGCAAGACACCAUGUCAUCUGGUGAUGCAGCCACCACCGACAAGCUACAACGAAGUAAAAGCUUACGGUCAACGAGUUUGCUAUACGAAACAAGGUAUGAGCAUCUAGCUGAGAUGGUAGGUGGUAGGGGAUUUCUCGUCAGAGAUGAAAAGCAAUUGGAGCAUGCGACGAGAGAAGCAUUCCUCGAGAAAGAACGAGUUCCCUGUGUGAUCAAUGUCAUUAUCGAUCCGGGUCUGGAUAUGCAUGCAAGUUUUGGAUGGUUGGAAACCAAAGAGAAGCACGGAGGUGGCGAGAGCAAACUAUGAGAUCAAGUGUGGAGGGAUUGAACUGGUAUUUCCCGUUGCUGAAGAAUCUAU